CGAGACAAGCAUCUUAGGGUUUCUGGCGAAGGGAAAGCUCUUGCGUUGCACAAUAGAAAAAAAGUAACCAAACUGGAAAAACGGCGGGCAUAUAUCAUAUUACGCGGGGAGUCACGAAGAAGAAAACCCUUCACUGUUUUGUGGUUCGACUGGUUUUCCUUUUUCAUAUCAGCAUGGCCUCUACAAUGAAAGAGACGAAUAAAAGACACGGGCGCUGUUCCAGAUCUGCAGGCGUCCGUAAGCGGAGUAUGAGAUGGAAAAGAAGACAUGCUGCGAUAGGACACGGAUGAACGGAUGAACAGAUGGACUCCCGAAUGGCUACAUGUAUCACUGCACUGGCUACAGUAUUGCUGUUCAUUCAGAAAUGCCCUGUGUUCAAACCCAGUAUGGAACUCUGCCUUACGAGAACAACCACUACCCCUCUGAGUUCCUGAGCUCCGACCCCACCGCCAAGUUGGUCAUGGACGUCAGUGGCCAGCGGGACCAGCUGUCCGCCCCCUCCCUGCCCAGCAUCAACACCCUGGUGGGCGGGUACGCCGGCGAGUUCGACGCCUACUCCUGCCAGAUCACCGCGUCCGCCGCCCCCACCCCCGCCGGCUCGGGCCAGCAGUCGCCCUUCAAGCUGGACGACUUCCAGGUGUACGGCUGCUACCCCGGCACCUUCGCCCUCAGCUACCUGGACGAGACGCUGUCCUCCUGCGGCUCCGACUACUACGGCAGCCCCGUGUCCGUCUCCUCGCCCUCCACGCCCGGCUUCCAGGUCCAGCCCGUGUCCUCCUGGGAGCCCCCCUUCAGCCCCUUCUCGCCCGGCCCCGGGUGCUGGCUGGCCGAAAAGUCGGCCCUGCCCCAGCAGCCCUCGUUCUUCACGUUCAGCCCCCCGUCGGAUCAGCAGUCCCCCCUGGCGUCCCAGCAGCCCCAGGGGUCCGAGCAGGAGCCCUUCGGCCCGGCUCAGCACCACUCCUCUCCCUUGCACUUCACGCCCCUCGCCCUCGAUCAGGGGUGCUUGGACAGUCCCGUGCUGGCCGAGGGGCCCAUGUCGUCCCCCAAGGCCCGGAGCCCCGGGGCCAACGAGGGCCGCUGCGCCGUGUGCGGGGACAACGCCUCCUGCCAGCACUACGGCGUGCGCACCUGCGAGGGAUGCAAAGGGUUUUUCAAGAGAACUGUACAGAAAAAUGCUAAAUACGUGUGCCUAGCCAACAAAGACUGCCCAGUGGACAAACGGCGGAGGAACCGUUGCCAGUUCUGCCGUUUCCAGAAGUGCCUGGCCGUUGGGAUGGUGAAAGAAGUUGUUCGGACGGACAGCCUGAAAGGUCGCAGGGGUCGCUUGCCCUCCAAGCCGAAGAACGUGCAGGACUCGGCGUCCGCCACGCCUCCGGUCAAUAUCAUCGCCUCCCUGGUCAGGGCACACAUCGACUCCAACCCUUCACUGGGGAAGCUGGACUACUCCAAGUACCAGGAAACGGUGGCCAGCCUAUCAGAGAAGGAAGACGCCAGCGAUAUCCAGCAGUUCUACGAUCUCCUGACCAGCACCAUGGACGUGAUCCGCAAGUGGGCCGAGACCAUCCCCGGAUUCACUGACUUCUGCCUGGAGGACCAAGAGCUGCUCCUGGAGUCUGCCUUUGUGGAGCUGUUUAUCCUCCGGCUUGCAUAUAGGUCCAGCCCUGAGAAGGAUAAGCUGAUAUUCUGCAACGGCGUCGUUCUCCAUCGAAUGCAGUGCGUGCGUGGCUUUGGCGACUGGAUCGACUCCAUCAUGGACUUCUCGCAGAGCCUGCACCGGAUGAACCUGGACGUCUCGUCCUUCUCCUGCCUCGCUGCCCUCGUCAUCAUCACAGACCGCCACGGCCUGAAGGAGCCGAAGCGGGUGGAGGAGUUCCAGAGCCGGCUGAUCGCCUGCCUCAAAGACCACGUCACCAGCAGCGGUGGCGACUCCGGCCGGCCCAACUACCUGUCCCGCCUCCUGGGGAAGCUUCCGGAGCUGCGGACGCUGUGCACCCAGGGCCUGCAGCGCAUCUUCUACCUGAAGCUGGAGGACCUGGUGCCCCCUCCCCCCAUUGUGGAUAAAAUCUUCAUGGACACCCUACCUUUCUGAGGGAAAGGAUACGAGACAAAGGAUACAGUUGUCUGAACGGUCCGGUGGAGGACAGGGGAAAAGCGGAAUCCUGUUUCUGUGGCCUUGGGGAUUGCUGGGACAUUGCGUUUUGAAGGGCGGAGCUUCCCCCCCCGCCCCAACCCCUUGCAGUGCACUGGCUGACUGGCAUCCAGCUAUCACUAAGUGACUCGCAAAAGACAUUUGAAACAAUUUUUACUUAAAGAUUAACAUGAACUUGCUGCCAGCCACAGUGAAAGAAAGAACUGGACAUUGAUAUUUCUUUUCUGUUGUCUGUGGAUUACGUGCAGUGGUACAAACGGGGACGCGAAAAAACGACAGUGAACACUUUCGUAUAAUCGGUUUUGUACGUGUGUUACAUCAUGGCGUGGUGGCAGGGGCAUAAACCGUUCACACACGUUAUAAGAGGGGGCAGGGAGAGGUCGGGCUGGCACACUAGAGCCUCAAGAGUAGGAGAGGACUAUAUAUCCAAAUAUAACAGCAGUAUUAAAGCUCAUAGGUUUGACUGCAAAAGGGGUUCCACUGCCCCAGCGCAGUGCAAACAAGCUAUCGCAAGCCGACGGUUCAGGUGAUUUGAGACUCAUCCAGAGAAUCAGUAAAGUUCAGUCUCUUCGUUUUGGCUGCAGCCCAGAGAUCAGUCCCACGUUUCAAUGGCAGAUAUGAUCUGGAGCGCUGCUCAUCCUGGCUCUGAAAUAUCAAACGAUGCUUGCAGAGCAAUUUAUAUAUCGAUACCAGAACUUACAUCAGGAAAGGCCUUGGACCAAAAGAAGCCCAAAGGGGUGAUGGGGGGCCCUGGCUUUGUAGGUGAAAUAUCAGUACACCCCCUAAAGCCUUAUAUACCACAGUGACGCUAGGGCUGGGCGAUAUGGCCUAAAAGUUUAGUCACCAUAUGUUUUUAAUUUUGCAUGGUAGCGAUAUAUAUAUCAUGGUAUAUAUUUUUUCUCCCAAUUUCAACAGAAUAUGCAUUAAAAGGAAUACAAGACUCAGGCUAGUGACUGUUCCCUGUAGUUAACUAUAACUUAUAACUGUUACUAAUUAACCAUUUUUGCUUUCAUGUAAAAGUGUGCACCCACAUGUUUUUAUUGGCCUAUCAAUAUAGCUGUGUUGCCUGAAGUAACAGCCACAAGCAUUAGCAAGCUAUGAUGCAAUUGGUGUGAACAAUAUCUUUUCCUGGGCUCGACAUUAAGGAUUUUUUUCAUCAGGGUUUUCGAAUAUAUUUCCACUGGCCCAGCUGCCAAGAUAAACAUGGCCUCUUUUUUAACAAGAUUCUACAGAAGAUUUGUAUUCAAAAGUGCCAAAACACCAAUCUACAGCAUUGGUUUAAAAAAAUGUAGUCCUUUAUUAAAUACGAAUCUGCCAAUCAUCGCCAUCAAAUUAUGGAUGCAUUCUCCUUUGCCUAGGAAUUCAGAAUUUUGAGGCUAGAUGCUUGCAGUUUAACUGACGACAAAACUAUUACUGCAACAGUCAGUUAAUAAUAGUUAGUGCAUUCUUUCAAUCGCUUUUAGCUUGCUAGCAAUCAAUAAAGUACACAAGUUGGGUGGGUAGCUACCGCUAUUGUUUCAAUCUUACUUCAUUCAAGAGCUGAGUUUUAUUUUAUGAGUAAAUCUUAAACCAACUGAGACGUUUGUUGCUACAAAUUUUGAUAAAUAAUCAAGCUUAGGUUAGUUAGACUUAAGUUAGUUAUUUGUAAGCAAGUGUCGGUACAAAAAUAAAUGAAUGCUAAAGCUGCAACAUUAUUUAUUGAUAAGUUUCUGUAGUGAAAGGACACAGUGGUCGCACUAGCCACUAGAAUGCUGUGUCUUUGGACCGAAGGACAUUUCGGAAAUUUUCUUUGAAUCUUGCAAUGCUACCAACAACUGUGUAAAUGUUGUGUUUAAGAAACAACACAAAUGUCAGACCAAAAAAUGAUUGGCUCAAAGGAACAUUGCAAUUAUUUUGGUGGUUCAAGUCUGGGUCACCGUCCCUUGUAAAAACACACCUCAGAGUAUCUAUGUUUAUAGAACGUAGCAUAUGUUUUUCCCUGUGUUUUAGGACUUUUUUGUGUAAAAGCAGUAAAAAAAGGUAAACAAAAAAAAAAACUUUGUAUUCGACCCAGAUAAGAUUUACUUAGGAUACUGGCCUAAUUGGACAGGUGACAAAUCAAUCAACUGCCUUGAACCAAUCCCAGGCCAGCGGGAACUCCUUAUUGCCGAGCCCUGUUUUCUGACCAAAAUCUUUGCACUCUAAUGUUAUCAUCAAAAUCCAUUCUUUACCGAUAUGGACGAUAUUGCCAAAUUCAUAUCGGGGUGCAUAUUUCUACCGGUAUACCUCUUAUACCGUUUAUACCGCUCACUUCUCAGUGAGGCUUUAUAAUGUGUAGGAGAAUUUUGGUGACAUCAGUGUCUACUGUUGGGCAGAAAUCCUCCCUUGUGCACACCGUCUCCCAGAUCGCCUUGCUCUGUUCUAAGUUAGACGGAGUUCGCAAGUCUAGCAACAUUGCCACCCCAGGCAAACAAUCAGUAUAUUGUGCCUUAAGAAGAGAUCCUUAAACACAGAUUCCAUAUGACUGAAGAAUACGGCAGGCAAAAUGUGUGAAAUACUAAUGACUCAAAAUGAAGUAAAAGAAAGAGAGAAAUUGGCUGGAGAUAGCGCGUGCCCCGAUGUUCGUUGGCAGGUUUCUGGGCUUCAAGUGCCAAGCAAACUUUGUAAAUACUGCACAAAAAAAAAACAAACAAACAAAAAAAAUAUAUAUAUGGGGAAAGCUACUGUUAAUGUUGCAAGUGUUGCCUUAUAAAUACUGUAUUCUCCUUGAGAAGAAUAUGUAUUUACAUAUCUUUUUUUUUUAAGUACCUUCAGUGGCUUUUCAAAGUCACACUAAAUACGAGCAGCUAUGAGCACCUGAGUACAACUUUCUAUCAGUCUGUACUUCCUUUUCUAAGUAUGAGUAUGAAUAUAUGUUUAUGAAUUUAUGUAUACUAAUGGCAGAAGUACUUUAUAUUUGUGAAGGUUUUGCCAGUUCUCUGGUUAUGUGGUUGUUUUCCUGUGAGUGUAUGUAUAUAUAUAUAUAUAUAUACAUACAUACAUACAUACAUACAUACGUACACACACAUACAAACACAUUCAGCAUAAACAUUUAAUAUUAAAAACAUCCAAAAAUU